AUGGAAGCAUUUUCUUGUGUACUAAAAUCUCGAGAAUUUCCUAUAACAAAGUUCCAAAUAAUUGCAAAUCUGCCGUUUUCUAUCGCGACACCGCUAUUGGUGAAGUGGCUCCAAUGGAUGGCCUUUGGUACGUAUCCCUUUGCAUCUGCUUCAUCUUCAAUGGAGAUGGUUUUGGUUGUCCAAAAGGAGGUUGCCGAUGUCGAUGCCGCUGUAAUUAAAUUUUCUCAGAAAGAUACUCGUGCUUUAGAAAUCCCUGUACUGUAUUUAUCACGGUUCUCGACAACGAUUUUUGGGCAGAAACGGAAGAUCCUUCGAUCUGUUCUGGAGUACCGAUUGCCAUUUUUACGCUGUAGGCAAGCGUUUUGUAAAGAAUUGAUCAGGCAGGCUUAUGACCAUUGCUCCAUUGCUUCGGAAUUGAGGCCUCAGCAACUGUCGGUGGACCAAGUGAUUCAAUUAUCAACUUUUAUUUAUAACAACAAAUCGCAGUUUAAUAAUAAACUCUAA